AUGGCGGCGGAUCUACAACCCGAGUGGAUUUCUUGUCUCCCUUCUUCCUGGAGUUACGGGGUUACUCGGGAUGGACGGGUCUUCUUCAUUAACGAAGAAGCCAAGAGUACAACCUGGCUGCACCCAGUGAGCGGCGAAGCGGUAAUAACCGGGCACAGGAAAACUCCAGACCUACCCACUGGAUGGGAAGAAGGAUAUACUUUUGAGGGUGCACGGUGCUUUAUCAAUCACAAUGAGCGAAAGGUGACCUGCAAGCAUCCUGUCUCAAGCUUACCCUCUCAAGACAACUGCAUCUUUGUCGUCAACGAACAAUCUGCCUCCAAAGUGCCGGCGAAUGAGAAGAAGGAACGGCCGCUAAGCACCAUGAGUGAGGCCUCCAACUACACGGGCGGCUCGGACUACGCCGCAAACCCCAGUAGCCCGGCAGGAAGACCAUCAAGACCUUCCAAAAAAGUUCAUAACUUUGGGAAGAGAUCGAACUCCAUCAGGAGGAAUCCUGGUGCCCCAGUAAUCAAAAGAAACUGGCUGUAUAAACAGGACAGUACGGGGAUGAAGCUGUGGAAAAAGAGGUGGUUUGUUCUGUCUGACCUGUGCCUCUUCUACUACAGAGAUGAAAAAGAGGAGGGGAUUCUUGGCAGCAUCCUCCUACCAAGCUUUCGUAUAUCCAUGCUGUCUGUGGAUGAUCACAUUAACAGAAAAUAUGCCUUCAAGGCCACACAUCCCAACAUGCGGACAUACUAUUUUUGCACUGACACAGCCAAAGAGAUGGAGUCAUGGAUGAAAGUAAUGACAGAUGCUGCACUUGUGCAUGCAGAGCCAGUCAAAAGGUUGGAGAGGCUAAAAGUGGAGCAGUGUGGACCGCAAGAGAUCAAUCAUGUGGCCAACCAUAAGCCGCCACUCACACAGCCUGAAAUCCAGAACAAUGAACGCAACCGUGAGGUGGACCGUGAGCGCACUGCAGCAGUCCCGUCCACCACAGCGGAAGAAGAGAGAAAGCAGCGAGAUGCCGAGCGUUACGGCUUCCAGAAGGAUGGGGCGGAGCGCGAGCGUCCACUCACCAAGAUCAACAGUAUUAAACUGCAGCCAGCCCAGGCAGCGGCCAUCAAGGCUAACAUCACCUCGCCGCAGACUCCGACAGAACUGGACGGCUCACACCGCAGUCCCCAGGUCAAUGGAUCUGGUCAGCAGUGUCCAACUGACGGGACUGGAGCCCCUCCUCAGCGAAGUCCCACCCAUGAGCCAGACCGCACCUUGAGCAGGACCAGCUCUAUGCAGCAACUGGAGCAGUGGGUCCGCACUCAAAGAGGACGCAACCAGGACGAUGACACUAGGAGCAUCACGUCAUACCAGACGCUGCCUAGAAACAUGCCAAGCCAUCGGGUACCAUAUAUGCCUCAUUAUGGGGAUGGCUACUGCAGUAUGCCCAGGAAUAGCAUGGCACAGCGGGACAGCAUCUGCAGCAUGUCGCCGUCCUUGUACGACCAGGCCCUGGGUCCCUCACCAGCAGACAAGCGCCGCUCUAUGCGCGAUGACACCAUGUGGCAGUUGUUUGAGUGGCAGCAAAGGCAAGCCUACAGCCGGCAGCCGGGGCUCUACAGCAAUAUGGCCAGUCCCAAAACCAUGAUCAACCUGUCCGAGCAUGCUGCACCAAGCCACUCCAUCCCCCCCUCGCCUUCCCACGGCUCCAUUUCCAUGUAUGGUGGCUACUCCCCAAUGCGAUCCUACAACAUGAACAGUGCUCGUCCAGAGGUGUCCUCUCCCAUCUACAGGAGAGAUUUGAGCAUUGACAGACGGCACAGGCCACAACUCAACAAGUAUGCCUACCCACCUGAUAGGAGGUCCAUGCCUGCAGGAAUCCCAGUCCAGACUAUCACUGCCCAGUCUCUGCAAGGCAAAACACCUGAGGAACUGACUCUGCUGCUGAUAAAGCUGCGGCGGCAGCAGGCAGAGCUAAACAGUAUCCGGGAGCACACUGUAGCACAGCUUAUGCAACUAAACAUGGAUGGCGACAACCCAAAGCUGAGUCCAGAAGACUACAGGGAACACACCUACACAAAUAUGCCAGAAGAGGUGGACAUUGAUACCAAACUUAGCCGGUUGUGUGAGCAGGAUAAAGUGGUGAGGACACAGGAGGAAAAGCUUCAGCAGCUGUACAGAGAGAAGCACACCCUGGAGACAGCGCUGCUGUCUGCCAGCCAGGAGAUAGAGAUGGGCUCUGAUAACCCCGCCGCCAUGCAGAGUGUCAUCCAGCAGAGAGACUUGCUGCAGAGCGGCCUGCUCAGCACCUGCAGAGAGCUCUCCAGAGUCACCACUGAGCUGGAGUGCUCGUGGCGGGACUACGACAAGCUGGAAGGAGAUGUGACUCUGGCUAAGAACAACCUGCUGGAGCAGCUUGAAGCACUGGGAAGCCCUCAGACGGAGCCUCCCAGCCAGCAGCACGUCCGCAUCCAGAAAGAGCUUUGGAGGAUUCAGGAUGUGAUGGAGGCCCUCACUAAACAUAAAGCUCAGAGAAAUGAUGGUGUGAACUCCUUCGGGCCUAUGGGCUUCAACAAGCACAGAAAUGAGGACUUGGUGCCCCCACGGCCACCCCUACCCCAGUCCUACGUGCCCAACCCCCCCACCGUGCCCCCUCUGCCCUCUCAUGCCGGUGUGCGCCCUUCAUCCCUCCACAGGCCGGAGGACAGGAAGGCCCAUCACAGGAACGGCACGCACAGCGGCCCAGACUACAGGCUGUAUAAGAGUGAACCAGAGCUCACCACAGUGACCGAAGUGGAUGAGAGCAAUGGAGAGGACAGAUCUGAACACCCAUCUGAACAUUCUGGAAACAAAGGGAUGUCCUACCCAGUUGGCAUUGUCCCACCCAGGACCAAAUCCCCUGUGCCUGAGUCUUCUUCCAUAGCUUCAUAUGUUACCUUAAGGAAGGGCAAGAAGCCUGACCCCAGGACGGACCGUCCACGCAGCGCAGUGGAGCAGCAGCUGUGUGCCGCGGAGAGCAGCCGGCCCAGGAUGAGCGUGGAGGAGCAGCUGGAGAGGAUCCGCCGCCACCAGCAGGGUGCCCUCAGGGAGAAGAAGAAAGGCCUCAGCAUCCGGGGUAGCAGCCAAGAGAACACUCCCUCUCGCAGUCACUCGUUUACUAAAGAAAACCAUUUUCGCACCAUGCAGUCCCAGAUGAGGCGCAGAGAUGAGGGGAUCAGCAGCGACAUUCAGGAGCUAGAGGCCUCACUCAGGCAGCAGGAGGUGGUGAGAGAACAGGAGACGCCCGCAGAGGAGAUUGCCCGUCUCAAAGAAGCCUCCCAUGCUGACCACUUAAAUAUGGACCGAGAACUGUCUGUGCCUGACAAAGUACUGAUACCUGAGCGUUAUGUGGAGUCAGACCCCGAGGAGGCUCUGAGCCCUGAGCAGGAGGCUGAUAAACAAAGGAAAGUUGAUCGCAUCAAAGCCCUCAUAGCCAAAAACAGCAUGCAGAAUGCGGUGCCUAGUAUGGCUCUAAACCCAGAGGAGGAGACUGAAGAGGAGGUUACCGUGCAGGAGAAAGAGAAGAUGAUUAAUAUCUCCUACGAGCUGGCAGCAGAGGCCUCCAAACGCAGCAAGCUGGUAGCAGUGAAAAGCCUGUCGCCCUCUUCCCCGCCCCUUCCACAGUCUCCUAACACACCCCCUCAGCUCACUGAUGGGUCUCACUUCAUGUGUGUGUAGUAGCACCACACAGGCUCUGGCCUCGGUGAAAACCUACACCUGAAGGAAACAGCAGUGGAGGUAUAAAGAUGCAUCAGAAGGAUUCCCCCAAGGACAUCAGCACAAGGCCACGGCCUACAGAGAGAGAAACUGCCCACUCCGUACUCUGGGGUCUGAAUCUUUGACUUCUGUAAUCUCACUGUGACGUCUUAAACUCCUAUGCCACCAACAACAUUUUUCUGUGUGACAUUUCUCUGUUAUUGCCCCUGAUGGGGGCACCACACUCUCCUCAACCUGGUGAGACAAAACAGCUUUGAUACUGUUAUCAUUUCAGUUCCAUUUGCAAUGCUUGUAAGGUUAUUUUUAGGUUAUUUUUAUUAUUUAUAUGGUUUUAUUAUGUUCUUG